CAAGGGAGACAGCUCUGGUUCUGAGGAACUAUAGCUUCUCCCUCAGUGCCUGGGAGAGUACUAGGACUGCUUUCUGGGAACUGUGGAAUGUGCCCUUGGGGGCCCAAGAUAGCAGAAGGAAGAUGCUCCAGACCAGUAACUAUAGCCUGGUGCUCUCCCUGCAGUUCCUGCUGCUGUCCUAUGACCUCUUUGUCAAUUCUUUCUCGGAGCUACUCCGAAUGGCUCCUGUCAUACAGCUGGUGCUCUUCAUCAUCCAGGAUAUUGCAGUCCUCUUCAACGUCAUCAUCAUUUUCCUCAUGUUCUUCAACACCUUCGUCUUCCAGGCUGGCCUCGUCAACCUCCUCGUCCAUAAGUUCAAAGGGACCAUCAUCCUCACAGCUGCGUACUUCACCCUCAGCGUCUCCCUGCAUGUCUGGGUCAUGAACUUACGCUGGAAAAACUCCAACCGCUUUGUCUGGACAGAUGGACUUCAAACGUUAUUUGUAUUCCAGAGACUAGCGGCGGUGUUAUACUGUUACUUCUACAAACAGACAGCUGUGAGACUGGGUGAUCCUCGCUUCUAUCAGGACUCCUUAUGGCUGCGCAAGGAGUUCAUGCAAGUCCGAAGGUGACCACUUCUUGUCACACUGAUGGAUGCCUUUCCUUCCUGACAGAAGCCACAUUUGGGGCUCUACAGAGGGGAUGUUCAGCCCUGUGCACUAGGAAGCAGCUUGACAUUUCUAGGACAGGCCCAGGCCAGUUGUGUUCAGCAGUUGAGAAGGAAGAUCCUCCCUCUAGCAAAUGAAAGUGUUCCCUAAUACAGACUCCCGUACGUCAUCCCUUCCCGACCUCCUGCCGCAGUUCUGCCCCCUUUCCUUUCCUGUUCUCUACCCGCCUUCCUCACAGAGGGCUCUGUGGCUUUAUCCUGGGGAAGCUUUCCACUGAGCCCAGUACAGGAGGAACUCCCAGCCCCUGUUCCGUUUGCACUACACACUGAUGACUGAAGGAUGCAGAGAGUGACUUUUCUGGGCUCCUGACUGAUAACACCUCGGACAUUUAGAUUUUAUACCCAAGGUACGUUUUCUACAUUUUAUAAAUAGGAAGUAAAUUCUUUCCCAUAA